UGAAAAAGAUUCAUCAAGUAGCCCAGCAAAAGCUGGAACCCAAUGCCCAUACUGGUGCAAGUCUACAAGAAAUUGAAGAAAAUGAAAACGUAGACUUUCUCCACCCAACUACACUGUUUGCUCCUCCGCCGUCGGCGGACCCGGAAGAGUAGACUCUGCUGCGAAUCAAAUUAGCUGUGCCUUUUUGUCCAUUUUUCUUGGUUUUGCUAUCUUUAUAAGUUUCUCUUCUCUGUUCCUUGUCAUUAGCCGCGCGGCAAUCAUAUUCAUGUGAUGACCUCCAACUCUUAACUACAAUCAUUUUCUCGUAAGUUCAGUAACUAGUACAAAGUCGACAUGUUGUAGUGUUCGAGUACCUCUGCAAGCCAUUCGUGCUCACACUUUGAUUUGAGCUUAUGCAAACACAGAAUAGAUGAACAUGGAUAAGAUAGGAGAUGAUGAACUAUGCCAAAUCCUGGGAUGGGUCACCGACCCAGCUGAUAGAAAAUCGGCCUCUCAGGUGUGCAAGGGGUGGUGGCUCAUGGAGUCUCUGACCCGAUCAUCACUCCGACUUCUCAACCUUGAGCAUCUCCCUCGAUUACUUGCUAGGUACCCAAACAUAGUCACAUUCCAAACCCCCAAGGGAGUGAGCAACGCCGACCUCGCUUUGGUGGCUCAAUCAUGCCCCAAAUUGGAGGCCAUCAAACUCGAGGCGAUAUCAGAUAUUGAGGAAAUUGGGGUGCGAGGCAUUCACCUACUGGGAGGCACAGGUGGAGCUGCAGCUGAGGAUUCAGGGAUCUCUGUUGAUGAAUUAUGGGAGAAAUUGCGGGUGGUUAAACAAGUUGGGGACGAAGGUUUGUGCGCUCUGGCAAAUGGGUGUCCCAAGUUGUCCAAGAUUGUGAUCAACAGGAGUGGGGCUGGACUGCUUGGAAUUAUUGCCAUGAUUACUUCUUCAGCACAUAACUUGACUCAUUUGGAUUUGGGAGAGUGCUCUUUGGUUUCGGACAAAGCCCUUGAAGCAAUUGGGUACUCUAGUUGUCCCAUUCGCGUUUUGAGUCUAAGACUCUGCUCCAAAAUUACAGAUGCCGGAUUGAAGUUUUUGGCAGAUGGGCCUUGCUCAAAAACCAUACAGCAGUUGAAACUCCUCGGCUGUACUAAAAUCACUGGUGCCGGGGUCUGGCAUUUGUCCAAGAUGCAUGUCCUGGAGGAGCUGGAUUUGGCGAUGUGUAUCAAGGUAACUGAUGUUGGAGGAGUGGCAAUUUCCUCGAUUCAAAACCUCAAAAAUUUGAACCUGGCCGGUCUACAUUUGCUGACGGAAAAAACCUUUGUAGCUCUUGCUAAGAAUUGCAUUAACUUGGAGGAGUUGCGUGUAUCUAAUGGUAGAGGGACCGCUACAGCCAGUAUUGAUGCUUUUUUGGGCCACAAGUGCUUGCGAUCCCUUAAUCUAGCUGGUUGUUUUUCUGAUGAUAUUAAAGGAUAUGCUUUAGAAAGUCUAGCGCUUGGAUGCCCUUCAUUGGAGUCAAUUGUGGUGUUCAGAAAUUUUAGAGAAAGGCUGUUGCAGGAAAUGCAAGAGGACAUUGUUAGCAGAUUCCUGAAGUUUCUUUGAUUGUUGAUAGUUUGGGUUUGCGCUCUUCAGUUUCAUACGGGGGAGUAUUUAUAACUUGCAUAGUUUAGUGUUGGAGCAAUGUAGUUUGCUGGGAAUGCUAAAAAUUGUUUGUUUGACCUGAAUAAGUUUUUCUGGUGCUUUUGCCAGCUCUUCUCAUCUAGUUGUUUGUACAUUGAUAAUCUGAAAAAUACAAUGAGAUUGUUGGGUGUG